UGAUUAGCACGUGAGUUAUUAACCCUCUUAAGCACAAAAUGGCGGCCCAGCCUAUGGAAAGAAACAAACCUCUCUAUGAAGUUUAUCGCCUUUUUAAAGUUGAAGAGAGCUCAUCAGCCGCCGGGGGAGAAACAGCUCUACGUAGUUUUGAUGCAGACUCUGGAAGUACAACAUCAGUAGCCAUUGAACACUGUUGCUAUCAAGAGACUCAGAAUUAUAGCAUAUUAGUGCUGGUCUGCAAUAAUGGUUACAUUGUCAUUCGUCUUCAGCCCUUCCUAUGCCAACCAAUAGUCAAGCAAUUAAAAUGGUUUGAGGAUCGUAGUCAACAUAUUUUAGGCAUUACGCUUGAUCCAUUGGGGGAGUGGCUUGCUUGUGCUUGUCUUGAUGGACGUGUUUAUCUAAUUCCGGCCCUCACUUUGCUGAUGCCUAAUUGUUCUCCAAGUCAUAAGUUUGGUCCACUGGAUGAUUUAACUGUUGCUCAUCCAAUAAAUAAAGUAGCCCCGCCCACCGCCAUAGUAUGGUGGGAUAGCAUGGACGGAUCUCAAGUCUGCAUCACUGGAUCUGAGCUUGGUGAGAUUACAUUCUUUAAUCUACAUGAUUUAAAGCAGGUAUUCUCUAUUGGACUAAGGGGCUGUAUUGAUCAGCUACUGAUAGCACAACAAACAGACAACAUGACAAACCUUUUGAUAAACUUAAGAGGAGGUGAGUGGUGGUGGCUACUGCUGGAGGAAAGGUAUCACGAGGCUGUUGGUGCUUCUUAUUCUGACGUGCAAGCAAGUGGUUUUGAGGUGGUGUAUGAUGAUGCUGUACUGCGGAGUAUUCUACUCAGACCAGAUACAACAGGAUUUGAACCAAAACUAUUUCACGAAUUUUCAGAGUUUAACAAGAUAGCACUCCAAGAGUGGAACAGUGUUCGUAUGUUAGGCUCCGUUAAUCUCAGUGACUCUAGAUUUGAGCUCUAUUCUUAUAGUUUUGAUUGCAACACUAGACCUAUUCGCUCCAUCAAGCUAUUCGAAGGUGUCACUCAAGUCCUUUCAACUGAGAGGAUCCUGUUCACCAUCAGUCACAAUGACUCCACUGACGACCACAUGUUGACUUUGUCAGUUUUAUCAAGAGAGCUGGCACAAAGAGGAGUAUUGGAGACUUCAUCACCUUCAGGAGCAGUUCUACAGCAGUUCCUCUUACCUUCUCAUUACGCCAUCAUGGGGUUUUUCACAACUCGGCUCGAGUCUUCGUCCCUCGCGGCCGAGUCUCGAGAACUAACCACACCCACAAAUUUAGGCGGAUGCAUUAUCGUCACAGCGACUGCUGUGUAUCAAUGUCGUCAACUUUGUUCUCCGGAAUCUGUGUUCCUUGACCACGCCCUCUCGAGCGACGCUCAUCAUCUAACGGAUGAACUGGCAAUCACUUAUAGAUUGGAUAUAUGUGGACUAUAUAAGGCUGCUGCCGAUUUCAAGUUGUCAAAGGGAGAAUAUCAAUCAGCUCUUAAGCUGUACCAGCAGGCUAAAACGCCAGCUUCAACCGUGAUACAGUGCUUUAUUGAAAGAGAAAGGAUAUCAGAGCUAUUGGAAUAUAUAGAAAACAUAAUCUAUAACGAAUCCUCCGAUACUAAUGUGAUGGCAUCAACUAAACCAAAUCAACUCCAAAACAUAUUGCUACAGUGUUACAUACACCAGGUCCUUUUACAGUCUUUAGAAGGUGCUGUGUCUAGUAAGAAUAACUUGACUCAGUUUAUACACGACAAGUUCCUUUACGAGCACAAGACAGCAAUGGAGCUACUGAUACAAGGAGGACUCCUGGAGCCUUUGCUGGAGCUGGCUAAAACGCAUCAUAAAGUUCCCGAGACACUAAACCUCUUACUGUCAAACGGUCAAAGCUCAUUCACUCCUUCCAUUGAGAGCCUUGUUGCUAAUAAACAAUUUGCAGAACAUCUCGUUACUGUUGGAAACGGCAUGAUCUUUCACCAAUUAACACCUUUUAACGUCGCCAAGUGCGUUAUAGCUCAGCCGUCUAUUUUAGAGUCAUGUCUGCUACAUUUAUUAGCGGUUAUUGGUGAAUUAAAUAUCAGCAUGUUGAUACAGUUAGCUGGCGUAUUGGAUCCGUCACAUUCAACCGUACAGCCAUUGCUACAAUACGCUCACUCUAAUUUAAAGAGGAGCAGCUCAACGGGGAGUAUCACGUCGUUAUUCAGUACAGAAAGUAGUGGUUCCUCUCCAAGCACUAGCCCGAGUCUCUCAUGUUAUAUUGAAGCUUUCCUCUACAUAUUGAUAGUCUUGCAAUACAAAAGAGAGCGAAAGCCUCCGGCUAAUUCAGGACUAUUGUUCCUGUCUCCUUUGUUUGAUAGAAUCGGGCACACUCAGAUUGAGCAACUGUUAAGACCAUUGGUGUCAUUCAUAGAUGGUACCCAGUUGAUACGUGCUAAUGUCUUGAGCUGUGGUGUGACUCAUGCAGCACUAAUUAUUAAUGCACAGCUGUACACUUGGGGAAAUACCAAGCAAGGAAAAUUGGGUCAUGGUGACAUUGAGCAGAAUCAGAUAGCAGCUCCGCUAAGAGUGGAAACGUUCUCAAUGCUGAGUGCUCAUGUGUUGUCAGUAUCAUGUGGGGCUGAUCAUACUGUAGCUCUCUGUCAGGAAGGGGUUUAUUCUUGGGGUGCUUCAACGCAUGGGCAGUUGGGUCACGGUGAUACACUGAGAAGAUCUAGGCCGGUCCAAAUUGCUGCUUUAUCAAAUAUUUCAUUAUUAAAUAUCGAAUGUGGACACUAUCACUGCAUUGCAUUGGACGAUAACCACAGGGUAUGGGUAUGGGGCUGGGGUGUGCAUGGACAGCUAGGACUCGGUACUUGUGAUGAUGUCCUCCUCCCGACUCAUGCCAGCUCUAUGGAUGAACUGAUGGUCUCUUUUAUAUCAGCUGGCUUUAACCACACGGCACUCAUCAGUCAAAAUGGCAAACUGUAUACUUUUGGAAAUGGUAUGUACGGGCAGCUGGGUCAUGGUAACCAAGAGAAACAGACCACUCCCACAUUAGUAUACGCACUCAAUGAUAAACUAGUGUAUCUAGUUGGCUGUGGUACAGCACACACUGUUGCUGUUUGCACUGAUCAAACUGUAUAUCAGUGGGGAAAGAACCUUCACAAACCACACCCAGCUCAGAGUCCUCAAAGUUUCAAGCAAUACACUCGCUCUAGAAGAGAAGGUGGUUCAACCUCACCAGCUGUUGCUAAUGCACUCUCUCCUAAUGUUGUACCCGGACUGGAUAAACUAGUCGAUAAUACUGACCCUGUCGUAGAGGUGAAAUGUGGUAACUGUCACUGUCUAUUGUUGCUAUUAUCAGGGACAGUAUUGUCAUGGGGCAGCAAUGCACAUGGACAAAUUGGACACACUCACAUACCAGAGCUGUCUUACCCCAAGCAGAUCAAUAAGUUAGAGACUCAUAAGUUGCUAUUGCUAUCAGCUGGUGAUGAGUUCUCCAUUGGCAUUGACGACAGUGGUAUAACCUGGGUGUGGGGUAGGGACGAUCACGGUCAAUUGGGUCUGGAGGUCAGUGGUGUCAGGGAGGGAAAGAAGGUUUGUAUCUUUGCCCCCAACCCCAACCCUCAAGUACCCACUGUCUCUUUAACUAAAGCUAGUAACGCUGAACGCCAGCAGGAGGAUGAGUUAUUGCAGCUGGAUCUUGGAUGGGCUUUACCUGAUUUUGCCAAUUACGGCUCUCUUGGUUCUUAUGGGCGUGAUUCCUUAACGGCAGCCAUUCAUUACUUACAUGGCUACUACAGGACCUGUCAGGUCAUUCAUUACUGUAAGCAGUAUGAGGAUCAUGAGUCAAUGGUCAACCUCUACAAUGAAGAAAAGCAAUGGAGACAAUCCUUAUAUUGGAGGUUACACAGUUUAUCAAGCAGUGAAGAGGUGUCAUUGACUAAGUCUCUCACUGCUGUUGAGUCUUGUUUAGAUAACCUAACUGCUAACUCAGCAGAUAUACUGCACACUAGGGAUUACCUGAUAACCACUUCCGACCUCCUUCAUCAAGUUGUAUUAUAUUGGAAAGAAAAUAAAUUGAAUUUUAUUCAUUUGGAGACUCUGCUAGGAAACUAUCUACCGUCACUCGCUUAUCCUCUCUCUCUUUUGUUUAGAAGAGAUGAACACUCACAAAGCUUUACAUUCAAGUUUACACUGGACGUCACCUUGCAGCUGAUAAAAGCAAUAGCAACAGACGGAUCUCCUCUCACUGAUGAUAUCCUUGCCAUGCCUCCUAACUCAGCCUCUGCCACUAAACCUUUAAAUCCAAGCCUUAACGACACUCGGCUCUGGAAUGCAGUUUUAAGAAACCUUUUCAAGGAUGUACCUCAUCGUGAUAGCUUUACAAUACCAGAGGGCCAGCAGCAGCAGGCCCUGACUGGUGGGGGUACGGCUACUCUCGAUCGCGGAAUUGUUGCUUUCUCUUGUGGGCACUCUUUUUCUGAGGUUGAGUUUCAGCGGAAGGUACUCUCAGAGUUUCGCGAAAGACUCGAGGACUUGCCGCACCCUCUUUUUCAAGCGACGCCUUUUUUAUUGCAAUACUACAAGCAGUCGAAUGUAUUUUCCUCGUCUUGUCCUUAUUGCAUUUUUCAACAUAUUCGUAGGACCCAGCUUCAAAAUUAUUCUGGGGUUCCUAUAAAGCCUUGGAACGUUUAGAUUUUAUAAUUUUAUUAUUACUCUCUUUUUUGAAGAUUUUUUAUAUAUUAUAGCUUGAACAAAAAUGAUAAUAA